AUGGCGGACUACGCUUCGUUUGUCGAUUAUGUUCUCCGCGUCGAUGAGCUAUUCGGCGGCGUCAUGGACGACACCGACAUUGCAAAGGCACCGCGACAGAGGCUGAGGCACCGCCUGAAUCCCAUGGAACACUUCACCAAUAGCGAAUUUCUCGCACGCUGUCGGUUCACGAAGUGUACCGUGAAGAAGCUGCUUGACUGCCUGCCACUUGAACAGAACUUCAGCAACCGUGGCCACCAUCUGCCACCAAUGCCUCAAGUUCUUCUCGCUUUACGUCUUUAUGCAGCGGACACAUUUCAAGUUGUGACAGGUGACCUAGUGAACGUGUUGCAACCGACAGAGAGCCGCGUCGUCGAACGUGUGUCACGACCAAUUGCCGCGCACUUGUUCCCGGUCGUCGUCAAGUUUCCUAGCAAAGAGAGCAAUAUCCGUGUGACGAUGGUGGAUUUCUACCGCAUUGCCAAGUUUCCCGAGGUGACGGGGUGCAUAGACUGCACCCACAUCCGCAUCAAGGCACCUGGUGGGCCGAAUGGCGAAGUUGACCGCUAUCGGAAGGGUUACUUCUACAUUAAUGUACAGGUAUCAAGCGGCUGA